AUGGAGAGGCACAUGGUCAGGGGACCACUGCAUAAGCACUUUGACUUGGAGAGGAAGAAUGCCAAGCAGACUGAAGCCAGACUGGGCCAAAGAUUGCAGAAACUAGAGGAUAUCUGCCUCUACCAAAUGAAGCUACUGACCUGGGAGCAGAAGCAACUCCAGAGUGAACUGCAACGAUUACAGCAAGCAGAUAUCAUGAAGAAAAAGUCCUCCUCUUAUUUUGGGAGUGGAAUUCAGAAGAGACCAGACGAUAUUUUCAUGUUCUCACCACAGAGAAGACAGAAGAACAGAGAACCAUGGGCUAAUAAUAUUAGAGCAUUGGCAACCAAUAUGGCCGAAAAAAUAUACAAAACCAAGUCCAAGGUUCCUCCUUUACAUCACAUUGCUCCCAAAGACCCCACGAAAAGCAAAAAGCAGCUGCUAUCACAAAAUCACAGAACUGCCUGUGUCAUGGAAGAGAAACCACAAGCCCAAGAGAAAGAUUCUACGAAUUCACCAAAAGGCAUGAGCUUCAACAAGGGCAUCUCUGUUUUACAUCAAGAUCAAGAAGUUUCCGCCAAUAACACAGAACAAGGCCCUAGUUACAGCCCAUCUGGUGAUAGCAGAAUGGUAUAUGCCGAUGAGACCAGAUCAAAAGGUGCCACUCUAAAGCCAGAUUGGAAUGCUGGGAAACAAAUUCCUCCAAAUCUCGUGGAAGGUACAGAAAGCUUCAAAGGUGAGUUCACACAGCCAACCUUCUUAGAGUUAUUUGCAAAGGCUAAAAAUGCCCAUUAUCUGCGACAUAGGGUCCCCCCAGAGUCUGAGAGGUUGCUCAGCAUUAGGGAGAUAUUUGGGCAUGGGGAACCCUCCUCACCCAGGGCAUGA